ACAGUAUUUUAAAGUUUGCAGCAGACGACACAGGAAUAAACAAAACAGCAACAAAUACAGUUACAGCACAAUUGAAUAAGUUAUUUUUUAAGCUCGAUAACAGUUGAACAUUUUAUAGGAUUCAGUUAAUAACCAAUAUUUUAACAUGGAAGACAUGAAAUAUAUGAUGGAGUUAUUUAUUUCUCUAGUAAAUAUAAUUGAAGAACUUAUUGUGGUACAUUUCAAGAUGAGUUAUGAAUACUGCUCUAAAACUGGGAACGAAUGUCAGCUUAGCGUAGAAAUGAUUAAAACGGAUUCCGACAGUAAAAUACAAUUAUAUAGGCCUACUUCCAGAAACUUUCAGCUAAGAGUUUCCGUUAACAGCGAGUGGACCAGGAAAAUAAACAACAACAUACUUAAGACCAUAAUUUCUCAAAUAUUCUCAGAAAAAGAAUUAAUACCAAUAGGAAAAUCAUGCAUUACAAUUACGAGAGUAAAUCCACAAAAUCCGUUUGAAGCUUUUUGCCAUCGAGUUAUAGAAUUAAAUCCUUCAAAUAACAUUGAAUUUGAUACAUUAGUUAUGUCAUCAGGAUCAUUCAUUGAGAAUACUACAUGCAUGAUCUGGGCUGUACAGAUAAAUAUUUCAAUCGAAGCCUUGCUAAGACUGGAGGAAUACUUUCAGAGUUAUCUGGGAUAUUUGCAAAUUUUCCAUCCCAUGAUGACCUUCACUCUGAAGAAAUUCUUUGAUUCCCAAGAUGUUUCUUUUCGGAUUGGCAGCAAUCUUUCAAGUGGUGGCAGAAAAAUAAUUCUUCCAAGUAUGAUUUAUAAUAAAGGGUUACCAAUCAACACCAAAGAUCUUUUCUUUCUGCUUGGUACAUCAGCAACUCUUAAACCUAUUAAUAUAUCUGCUGAUGAAUUUCUGCCCCUAAUUGUACAGACAUAUAUUGUUGGAUGUCCAAAAACAUCUCCUAGUGAUGAAUGUGCUUCAACUGUUACAAUUAGUUUUUUAGGACCAGACUUCUUCCCUAUCUGGUCUAUUCCUAAAGCACAAGAUUUUCGAGACAUUUUACACAUGAGUGCUGAUUGGGAUGUAUCCAUGUCUAGUCCGUUUAUAGGUUAUGAAGGAAAGACAGAUCUACAUGUUUCUACAAGUCUGAAGUUUGUGCAGUCUAAUGUUAGUGACAAAGAUGAACUAAUCGACAUUUUGUUAUUCAUGAGGAUUCGACCAGAAAUUGAUAAAAAUAACGAUGAAAGUAGAUGUAGCAAUGGGAAAAAAACAACACAUAUUCUCAGAAAGAACCUGUACAACAUCAUAACAGAAAAUGCACCAGUUUUACAAGAACUCCUAAUCCAGAAUUUUAAAGCUGCAUUGAAGCAUGUUUGUGAGAGACUGCAGAAACAAACAAUAGUGGACCAAACGAUUCAACAGACAGCAUCUGCUUUAAGAAGCAUUUUAAAGCACAGUACUAAUGAAGCCUUUACUUUGAGAUGCCAAAGAUAUAUUGGUUGCAGCGCCACCUAUGAGGUGGAGAAAGCCCUUGUGGUUCAUCUACAGAAAAUUGUAUCAAAAAUAAUGGGACGGUUGCCGGAAGACCAAGAAAACAAAGCUGUUUCAUUUUUGAAUAACUCGGUACUACAGGUGACGGGUGAUGUGGAUGACGAUGACGAUUUCGUAUUCCUGAUGAGGGACAAUGUAACAGCUCUGUUCAUGAUGUCAGAAAAACAC